AAAUAUCUUUGGAAAGCAUAAAGGUAUUUGAUGUUUACUAGUUAACAUGGCAAUUUCGAGAUUUCUAACGCUGACGUUUGGUUCUAUAUAUUGUGCUGCUCUGGUGUAUGGCUGCAGUACAAACACGGACUGUCCACAAGACCAAUGUUGUGGCUUCAGAAGAGUUGACAUAAUCGGGUUGGAUGGAAUUUGCGAGAAUUACAGUCAGGAAGGUGAAGGUUGUCACGGAUCGUUGCUAUGGCAGAGCUGCGACUGCGCAGAAGGCCUAGAGUGUGUUGAACAUACGGGCAUCUUCGCCAUAGCUCACACUAGCAAGGGUUCGUGUAGGAGGACGGGUGCCCCCUCAGUAGUCGGAUAAAGGUGGAAUUAUGAAGUGCAUUGUAUUGAUAUGGACAAUUAUUUCGAGUGAAAUAAAUGUCAUGAUCGAAACUA